UACCGCUAAACUUGCUUUUUUCGAGCUCUACAAAUUUUUUUUAUGGAAAAACCUGUAAAAUCUUCGGCUUGGAAGCACUUUGACAUCACAGAAGAUGCGAGAGCUGCCUGCAAACAUUGCACCAAAAUCAUCAGUCAUCAUGGCAGGACGUCAAAUUUGAUAAAACACAUGAAACGCCUUCACAUGGAUGUUCUAACAGGAAAGCCCAAAGCCAUUGAAAAUUCUCAAAGGUUGAUUUUUGUGCCUGAAACGGACGUUUUUGACUCGAGAAUUGAAGAAAUUACAGAAAAUGUGUCAAAAAGUACCUCGGAAAUGUUUGAAGACUCAAUUAUUGAAGAAACUGAGGAAGUUUUGGUAUUAAAUCUUGAUGUUGUGUGUCGUAUUUGCCUUUCAACGUGCGAUUCGGAGGCAAUUCAACUCACAUCAGAGUUCAACACGGAAGUUACUUACCAAGAAAUGUUCAAAAUUUGCACGGAUUUUGAAUUGCAACCGAAUGAACCGCCAAUUAUUUGUCCAGAAUGUGCCGCCAAACUACAAGUUGCCUACGAAUUAAGACGUUUGUGUGAAGAAACGCAAAAAAUAUUGACAAACAAGCAACAGGAAGUAACUUACGAGGAUGAAGAAGCCCAAACUGACGAGGAAAUUGUCAUUAUCGAAGACGAUUCUUGUGAAAAAAGUUCCGAAAGUGAGCCGAAUCCUUGUUUCGAGUGCGAUUAUUGUGGUUCCCUGUUCAAAAGUCGCUUUUCUCUCUUCUCACAUAUCCGUAAAAAUCAUCUGAAAGACAAAAAUCAACCAGAAAACAUUAAAAAUAACCCAAAGCCACAUCAUGUUGUUCGAACUUUUCGUCCACAAUCGCGAGAAACUCCCUUUGAAUGCGAAAUUUGUCACAAAACGUUCACAACGCGCGACAAUUUGCGAUUUCACGAAGCUUCUCACAGCGAUGCUCGACCAUUUUCGUGCAAAAUUUGCCCGGCAACGUUUAAAACGAAGAAAACUUUGGGUGUUCACAUGAAGUCGCAUCGAGCGCCAGAAUACGAAUGUCCUGUUUGUGAAAGAGGAUUUGUCACGAAUCAGCUAAUGAGGAAUCAUGUGACGAGAUUACAUCCGGAAUUUGAGUUGCCGCCGCCAGGAACGAUCAUGAAUAAGGCGUGGCGGAAGAAAAAUAUGACUCAGGAGGUGAAAGAGAGUUUGAAUAGUUAAU